CUCAAUGUUGACUUCACAAGCUAAACAGUUUUAUCACUUACUGGAUCUGGUACACACCAGUGUACCACUAACUGAGAAUUCAGAAAGAACACUUCUCUAUAUGAUAAUGAAAAACCAUAGUGCUAUCAAUGAGUUCGUUCUCCUUGGACUAUCUAUUGACCCACAUAUUCAGGCUGUACUCUUUGUGCUGUUCCUUCUGAUUUACCUCCUCACUCUGAUGGGAAAUUUCUUGAUGCUGCUGAUGAUUAGGGCUGAUUUUCACCUCCACACACCCAUGUACUUCUUUUUGAGACAGCUCUCCUUUCUGGAUCUCUGCCAUUCAUCCGUCACAGUCCCCAAGAUGCUGGAAAAUCUACUUUCUGAAAGCAAAACCAUCUGUGUAGAGAGCUGCCUGGCUCAGGCCUUCUUUGUGUUUACCACCGGGGGCACUGAGGCCUGUCUGCUGGCUGUGAUGGCCUAUGACCGCUACGUAGCCAUCAGCUCCCCUCUGCUUUACGGCCAGGUGAUGAGCAACCAGCUCUGUGUUGGGCUGGUGUGGAGCUCCUGGGGCCUGGCCUUUGUGGACGCUCUCAUCAACAUCCUCCUGGCGGUCAAUUUAGACUACUGUGAGGACCAAACUAUUCCCCACUUCAGCUGCGAGCUGUCUUCUCUCUUCCCUCUGUCUUGCUCUGAUACCUCCACCAAUUUCACGCUCCUGCUCUGCUCUUCUGUCUUGCAUUUUUUUGGAACCUUUGUGAUGAUUGCUUCUUCCUAUGCCCGCAUUGUCUCCACUGUCCUAAGCAUCAGCUCCACUUCGGGCAGAAGUAAGGCCUUCUCUACCUGCUCCUCCCACCUCACUACUGUGAUCUUGUUUUAUGGCUCAGGUUUCCUCAGCUAUCUGUUGCCAACCUCAGGUUCUGCCCUGGAGAUGAUCUUCUCCUUGCAGUACAGUGUGAUCACUCCCAUGCUGAAUCCUCUCAUCUAUAGCCUGCAGAACAAGGAGGUGAAGGCAGCUAUGGGAAGAGUGUUUAGAAAAUACUUUGAUUCUCUUUUGUAGUAUACAUAAAAUGAUUGUGAAAGAGUUGAACUACGGUGCUACAUGAUCAAACAAUGGAGAGUUUCUUGAUUGUCCAGGCUGCCAGAUAUUACAGGGAACAUAAAACAAUUAUUUCCUUGGAAAUGCUUCUGAAAAGGAUAGAAAACUCUUGGGAUGAUUCAGGUUUAGUCUUAUUUGGCAAAGGAGAAAUGAAUCAGAUAAUUCUCUUUUUUACAGGAUUAUUUUGUUAAAAUGUUGAUUUAAUAUUCAUAUUUUGUGAACAUUUGUUGCUCGUGUUAUUCCUCCUUCAUGUGUCUUUGAAUAAUUACACUCCAAAUCCCUUGGAAAACUGAUUUUCUCAAAUUUAUACAUCCACAGAGUGAGAUGAUCCUAUAACCCAGGAUAGACCAACUAUUCUACCCUUUUCUUCUGACAGUGCAUUCAGGCAAGGAGUGAAAGAAAAACCCAAGUGAUGUUACUUAGAAUCUUUCUGUAGAAAAUUCAAAUAUUGAGAAGGAACAAACAACAACAACACACCCACCAUUCAGAAGAAAAUCUGACUAUAGGGCCUAAAGAGACUGUGAAACCCUGUUCCCCUGGCACUUGUCCUUCCUGAGGUCAUGUUUUUAAUAGAUAUGGUAAUAUUAGCCAGUUUGUUACAUUUAUUAACUCAUGUCACAAAGUGCACUAAGUAUCUGGGAUAGACAGACUGGCCCCUCAAAGAUGAUUUCAUAAUCCCUGCAGCUUGUGAAUGCAUUAUGUGGCAAAAAGGACUGG